GACUCCUAAAUUAAUGUUGGGGAAUAUACAUCUAUUCUAAAGGCCCAUAAUUAUUAGGAACACGUGAUAUAUUUUAUUUGGCCCGAUAAAAUAAAAUAUGAUUAAAACGGACCGAGAAAUACAACUUUCGGGGCCGAUUGUACACACCGGGACGUAAUGGGAUGACCUCCCACAUAAGUGGGGGCCACCCCACGUUUUUAUGGGUGCUGAUUGAUCAAAUAAUGGGGGAGGGGAGCAGCUAAACGUGCUGGUACGCACAAGGGAGAGGGAGGAAGUCUCCUUUGAGACAAAAACCCAUGCUAGGGUCCUAUCCCACACAAAUCAUUGUGUUGGUUGAAAAGGACCUCUCCCCUACCCUCUCUUCAAUCCAUUCGGCCAGCACAAGGGAGAUAAGGUCCAGGGAAAAGGCUCUCAAAGUUCUGGAGCUGAAGAAACCAAGAGGAGAGAAGGAUCCAAGAAGAAAAGCUAGAAGAAGAGGGAGGGUUGGCCAAUUGAUAGGAGUCGAAACCGCCGGAAACCGCCACUUCAAAGGAGCUAGUCGUAGUGGCAGACCACGAAAGCCGCCCGGCUUUUGCCCAGCAGUUCAGUUCUACACCUUCAAUCGGCC